UUCACCCGGAAACACUUGGCCGUUGUUAUGGUAAAACAACACAGCUGUUGAGAAGUAUUUUCACAUUUUCGUUCAAAGAAGCAGUCUUUUGAUAAUAAAACUCAAUGCAAUGAAAACAUAAAAGUGAUCAAUGUUUUUGAAUCGACAGCUACUGUUACAAAGACUGUGAGAAGCCAACGAUCUGUUAAAGGCUUUUUUUAGCCAGUUAGCAAUCAGCUAACAGGCUAAGCUGUUUAUCACCAACAACAAUAAAAGGUAACAUUUUGAUGAACAUUCUCCAGCCACUCUUUGGUCAGAGGUCUUUUCAAAAUGGACGUCAGCAUUGCCGUGUCGCUGAUUCGAGGCCAGAUGCGUGCCGUGGUUGAGCGAGCAGUGAACGGAGCGGUGGAGACGGUGUUGGCUGAGAUGCUAAAAGUGGUGGGAGUCAAAUUUGAGGAGCUCAAAGGCCAUGUGGCGCUGAUGCAGAGGGACGUUGCGUCAUUGCAAAGGGAAAAAGCCCAAAAAGAGAAAGAGAAUGAAAACAUCCGAGCCAAGCUGCGGUAUACCGAGCUAAAGCUAAAAUACUACAGGCAAGGAGUGGAGGAGGAGCUGGAGCAACGAGUUUCUGCCUCCACUCUGGGCCGCAUUCACCCGUCCAUGUACCUUCAAGCACAGAGAGGUGGUGCGGGUGUUUCCUCCACUGAGAUUUCUCCAUCAUGCUCAAUAACGAACCCCGAGGGACCACUGUCAACAAGCAAUCAAGAAUGCAGCUCCCCACACAGCACAAGCAGGCGUGCAAUCGGAGCGCUUUGUCAUUCAGAUGUGGGAGAUCUGAGCUCUGACACGUCUGACCUGCUGCCGCCAGUCUCACUCUCUUUGAACACUCCAACAGAAUCUAGUCAGGACAGCAGCACAGUGUUCUUUCCUGUAGAGCGACACGUAGCUCACAGCCAGGAUCAGGAGAACGACUGCAAGUGGACCGUCACUCUGCAGCCACACUCAGAGGGAGGGGACGCUCACCUGGUUCCUCCUCCUGUCCAGGCUCUGGAGCAGCAGUCAGCCGCUGGCUCACCCUCCCCUCAUGUUUCCACCCAGGCCGAUAGCUCCACUCUGCACUCCUCUGCUUCACAAGUGAAGCAGGAGGAGGAGGAGGAGGAGAUCUGCAUAAAGGAGGAGCCAGAGGAAGAGCAGGAUGUGAUGGCCGAGCUUCUGCUGGACUGCCAGCUGCAGCAGGGUCCUCUUCCAGAGUCAGAGACUCAAAGGUCAGGACUUCCAGAAAGUCAGAGAAAUAACUCUGCAGCCUACAGCUCAGCAGGACCAUGCACUGAUCUGAUGCCUCAGCCUUUGAGCUCCCUGCAGUCCAUGGGUUAUUCACCAUCAGGUCUCCCAUAUCGCCAGGCGGUACGGCCAUGGACUAAAGACCUCAGUCUUUACGAAGAUUUCAAGCUGCGCAGGAAUGAGCUCCGCAAGCGAAGCAUCAACAGACGCAGAGAGCUGGAGAAGACGCUGCCUCAGCCGAUGCUUGCAGACCUGAAGGUACGCGAGCGCAGAGAGAAGACCAGACUGAGAGUGGCCAGAUGGAGAGCGAAAAGGAAACUCCAGGCCUGUGUUAACCAGGCUCCGGCUCCUGAUGGCGCUGCAGGUCUUUGUCAAACUGGUUUCCCUAUCAGCAGCCAGCAUCAGCAGCUCAGAGUGACCUGCGCUGCCACCUCCAGCAGUCAGCAGAGACAGAUGCUUCAGUCCAACAACUUCCUCAACAUGUCGAAGCUGCAUGCGGCAAACAGCAUCCCCUUCACUCCCUCCUCCUGCUCCUCCUCUCCCCUCCUCAGAGGCCCCAACAUGGCCCCACAUCAACACACUGUGACAUUUUCCUACCCCCAGGUCAGCUUACUGCAGCAGAGCAUCUCUCUGACAGACACGGAUAUCUUGCAGUGAGAUCAGAGGUUUUUACGAAUGUAUUUGUCAAAUAUGUCAUGUUUGUUGUUCAGGAAAGGUCAAUCAGACUCUUAAUCAUUGAGACUUUUGUUGUAGUUUUCUUACCUUUCCAUCACAAAACAGAAGCCUGCACACUAAAACUUCAAUAACAAAAAAACAAGAGCAUCUUAUAUGGAUUACCUUUUAAAUCAGUUCAACAUAACAACCAGUCUUGUGUACAAGCUUAUCCCUGUUUGAUUUUAAAACACAUUUUAAAACCGUAUGUAAAAAACAUCCCAUAUACAGGAAAUGAUUUCAAAUGUGUAUAUAUGUAAAAACCUCAUCUUGAGCUUUCCUGUACAUGCUUAGUGCUUAUUUAUUUUAAAAUGAAAGGUUUGUUGGGUACAUGGAUAAUGCAACAUGAAUAAUAUAUGAUUUUGUUUAUUUAAAUGCAUGUUACUGUCUUUUAAAAGUCUAGACCAGCGGUUCCCAACCUUUUUCAACUCAGGGCCCACUUAAGUUAAGAAUCUAAAAAUGUUUCGCGGCCAACAUUCAACCAUAAACAAUACGGAGGCUAAAUGAAGUUCUGAUUGGUCGAUUCAGAACAUGUGACACGUUGUUAAUCCAGUAGUUCAGACCGCUGUGAAGGACUGUAAUGACCGUUGCUAAGGAGGAUCAAGAAAGAAAAAGAAAAGAGGUUCAAAUAAUAAAAAAAAAAAUCUUAAUAAUGAAAUGUUUCCACACAAAUCAUAAUGUUUUGCAAAUUAUUUGGCGGCCCACUUGCAAUGCCUUCGCGGACCACUAGGGGGCCGCGGCCCACAGGUUGGGAACCGCUGGUCUAGACAAGAAAGGGGUUUCCAGUGUGAUGGUAAAUGUACUUUUUGCACUUUGUUUUGGAGUUGAAGUGUGUAAUACACAAAGAAAUUGCCGGAAAAGUAUUGCAAAGACUUGAGGCUGCUAAUAAGAAUACAAUAUUUUGUAGUUUGUCUAAAAUAAACUGAAGAUUGGCAAUCACCAGAUCAAAAUGAGAAGCCUGUGUUCAGUAACAUUAAAGGCAGCUAAAAGAA